CACCCAAUAAUUUUCAGAAAUUCAAAAGCCGCUGUAAUUAAGGAUAGCAAAAUGGCAUGGCAAUUCGAAGGACCACAUCUAGCGCUUCUGUGGCGCUAUGUAGGACUGAGCGUCGUCGCGGGUAUGAUAUUAUUGCUGGCAGUAUGCGGUGCAGUGGUCGAGCAGCAGUACUACGGCGUUACUUACGACUCCUACAGGAACUUCGCUACAAUGAGUUACAGUUAUGCUUUAGAAAAAAUACAUCUUGGCCCGGUCUCCAGUCAUUCAAUUCUUUUGUGUCUGAGCUCCUGCAUUCUGAAUCCCAAGUGUCGAGGCUUCGUUAAAGAAGAGAGGGACGGCGAAGUGUUCUGUUACCUGCAAGCAGGCGACAGAUGUGAGAGCCAAGCCAACUUUGUUUACAUUCCAGGUGUCCAGUCCUACGACCUACGCAAACGAGAAGAUCCUCUCCUGCCGCUGACGUGCCAGCAGCGCUGCUUGUCUAAGUUCUACGGCCCCACGACGAACUGUUCCCGCCCAAGCAGUGGUUACGUAGCAGCCUCAUGCACUGGGGUUAAGGCUUACAACUCCACCACGGACUGCUCCAAUAAUCCCUACAAUUACACUUGUGAAGAAUGUGGCCGCCCCAACUGCUGUGGAGAGCAGUGCGAGGUUUGCCCCAGAUACUGCUGGGAGUUGCCGACUUUGUCUCAGCUGAACAAUGUUGGGGCUGCGAGUUGUCUUAACUGCGAAACGGUGCUGUGGCAAAAUCUAUAUCCGAAUGCCAUUACCGUUAAAUGCGACGGCAUUUGGCAAAGAAACAACUUUAAUGGAGCAAAAUUUUACAGCACUAGCGGAUUAAAUUUAGAUCCAGGAACGUUUUUAUGGCUCAAAAUCGCGGUAAAUUACGCAAAUUCUGAAACUCUGGUGUCAUACUUUGACGAAAUAAACAUCGACGACGUAGAUAGCUUGAUGGUUGGAAACUACAUGGGCGGCAUCGCUGGCAACUGCUGGAAGGCCCCUUUCACAGGCCGCGCGUUCUUCAUGAACGCCACGAGUAACUGCCUUCCCUUCUACCACGCGUCCAACGAAUGCAAUGCUACAGGUGUGCCCUCUUACGAAGAACAAAUCGCUGCGCAAGGCGCCGUACGUUAUAUUGAUCGAGGCUUGCCUUGGCUUAGCGAGUGUCGUCCUGACCUGCAAGGCGUGCGUGUGACAAACUUCCUCUUCUUUGUGUCGACAAACUUGACGGCGCUCGACGCUAAGAAGCUCGAGACCAACAUUACCGACCUGUGCAGUUUGACCUAAGUUUGUAGUGGCUCUGCAUCAUCGCGUUUAC